GGCGGGCGCCGGGAGGGGGCGUGGAGGGGAGUCGGGGGCGGUGGAGAGAUGAACGGUUUCCCUAGCGACCGUUUCCUAGGCGACUCCAGGUGGCGCGGGGACACAGCUCUCGGUGAAGGGCCUACUAAUGCCCCAGGCUAGGGAGGACUGGGCUUCCUCGCGUUCUGGGACGAAGUCUUGGGGAGUCUUUAGGGCGAGCAGGGAAGUGCAGGAGAGAAGCAGAAAAGAGAAAAUGUGGGGCUAAUCCAUAUCCCAUGGCAAGCCUCAUUUUGGGAAGUCUGAACUCCAUUCGCGGGGGAAGAGGGACCUUUGCCACAGGAAAGCGGGGGUCUGUUUGUCGGGUUCUGCUGCCCAGAACGUCACUAGUUUUGUGCCCAAUAGUCAUUUGGUUAGUAAGGCUUUUUGCCAGGCUUAAGAUCCUAAGCUUCCGCCAGCGCCUGGCUUUCACAUGUCGGCCUAAAUACCGAGGCUUUUGUUACAUCAUGGAAAGGAAUAUUAUGUUUUCUUAGGAAAACACCGAGAAUAGGAAAUUUUACUGAUUUCAUUAGGGAUGGAGUGCCAGUGCAGGAGAAUGAACUCAGUUUUGGUUAGAGGAGAGCUUCCGAGAUGUCAUUAGGACUAAGGCCAAUCUCCACCCACUUUGCUGUGUCUUUUACCUUCUCCCUCCCUGAAUUGAGCAGUUGGAUUCAUAGACUGUGGAUUCCCCAUUACUCAGGGUGGUGUUGCUUUGCAGACAGCUGGCAGAGAGAGAAGUUGGCUACCAUGGAAUCACCAGAGGAGCCUGGAGCAUCCAUGGAUGAAAACUACUUUGUGAACUACACUUUUAAAGAUAGGUCACACUCCGGCCGUGUGGCUCAGGGCAUCAUGAAACUGUGUCUGGAGGAAGAGCUCUUUGCUGAUGUCACCAUCUCAGUGGAAGGCCGGGAGUUUCAGCUCCACCGGCUGGUCCUCUCAGCUCAGAGCUGCUUUUUCCGGUCCAUGUUCACUUCGAACCUGAAGGAGGCUCACAACCGAGUGAUUGUACUGCAGGAUGUCAGCGAAUCGGUUUUCCAGCUCCUGGUGGAUUAUAUCUACCACGGGACUGUGAAACUUCGAGCUGAAGAACUACAGGAAAUUUAUGAGGUGUCAGACAUGUAUCAGCUGACCUCUCUCUUUGAGGAAUGUUCUCGGUUUUUGGCCCGCACAGUGCAGGUGGGGAACUGCCUUCAGGUGAUGUGGCUGGCAGACAGGCACAGUGAUCCUGAGCUCUACACCUCUGCCAAACACUGUGCCAAGGCCCACCUGGCCCAGCUGCAGAGCACAGAGGAAUUUCUCCACCUGCCCCACCAUCUACUCACUGAUAUCAUCUCGGAUGGAGUUCCAUGUUCCCAGAACCCAACAGAGGCAAUAGAAGCCUGGAUCAAUUUCAAUAAAGAAGAAAGAGAGGCCUUUGCUGAGUCACUCAGAACUAGCUUGAAGGAGAUCGGGGAGAAUGUGCACAUUUACCUGAUCGGCAAAGAGUCAUCUCGUACCCACUCGUUGGCUGUGUCUUUACACUGUGCAGAAGAUGAUUCCAUCAGUGUAAGUGGCCAAAACAGCUUGUGCCACCAGAUCACUGCAGCCUGUAAGCAUGGUGGAGACUUAUACGUGGUGGGAGGGUCCAUCCCACGGCGCAUGUGGAAGUGCAACAAUGCCACUGUGGACUGGGAGUGGUGUGCGCCUCUGCCCCGGGACCGGCUCCAGCACACCCUGGUGUCUGUGCCUGGGAAAGAUGCUAUCUAUUCACUGGGUGGCAAGACAUUGCAGGAUACCCUCUCCAAUGCAGUCAUCUAUUAUCGGGUAGGUGAUAACGUCUGGACAGAGACAACCCAGCUAGAGGUGGCUGUGUCAGGGGCUGCUGGUGCCAACCUUAACGGGAUCAUCUACUUACUGGGGGGGGAGGAGAAUGACCUGGACUUCUUUACCAAACCUUCCCGACUCAUCCAGUGCUUUGACACAGAGACAGACAAAUGCCAUGUGAAGCCCUAUGUUCUGCCCUUCGCAGGUCGCAUGCACGCAGCUGUGCAUAAGGAUCUAGUGUUCAUCGUGGCUGAAGGGGACUCCCUGGUGUGCUACAAUCCCCUGCUAGACAGCUUUACCCGGCUUUGCCUUCCUGAGGCCUGGAGCUCUGCCCCAUCCCUCUGGAAGAUCGCCAGCUGUAAUGGAAGCAUCUAUGUUUUUCGGGACCGAUAUAAAAAGGGGGAUGCUAACACCUACAAGCUUGACCCUGCCACAUCAGCUGUAACUGUCACCAGAGGCAUUAAGGUGCUACUAACUAAUUUGCAGUUUGUGUUGGCCUAAGGCUGUGGGGGGAAGAGCAGCUGACUUUUACCCUCCCGUUUUCCAGCACCUAUCCAUCCAAAUUCCAAGUCCUUGGGGCCCUGAUCAGAGUACUAUGUUAUUUUUUGGGCACAUGUUAGAAAGGGCAGCACCUCAGUCUUUCCUGAACCUAUAGGGGUGUUUCAUUUGGGGCUUUUUAGACUGCUGCUGCUCAGGUGGCUGCUCCAAGAGUAGGCCAUCUGUCCUGGGCUGUCCCCUGGUAACCCUGUGCCUCCCUGCAGAUGGCUCCGAGUAAGCCAUUUCUCAGACCAGAGGCACAGCCGCCUCUCGUUCCCUGAUCAAUGUCAAGUGGAAGCACCGCUGAUCCCAGGACAAAAGGAAAGAUACCCCCAUCUUCCUUUUUUCUAUAACCUGCUAAGUGGCUAAUUGGUAAUUUUCCCACAAAGAAUUAAGUGUUAGAGUUUUCCUUCAGGCUUUGGUUGGAAGAAUGGUCUAAGCUGAAGGUGUCCUUCACCAGCAAGCGCCAACUCUAGAAUUCAGGACACUACAUCUCCUGUUUUCUCACCUCUCUCUCAGGAAAUCAACACUUUGGGAUUUUGUUUGGUUGGUUUUUUUUGGGG